UACAGAGGGCGCUUGCGCAGUGGCUGGACCCGAGUGCGUGCGCCGUGGCGGGGCAGCGGCGCGUGCGCAGGGUGAAUUCCUUCCCUCCCCUUCUCCUUCGCUCCUCCUCCUCCUCCUCUUCCUCCUCCUCCUCUUCCUCCUCCUCCUUUUCCCCCCCUCCCCACUUGGAGCGGUUGGUGCUAGCUCCCCCACAGCUCCGCGGCUCUCCUCUGCUCCCGGUCUCACCCGGGCGCUGUUGCGUGGUGCGGCCCCGGCGUGUGAGCCCUUGCGGCCCUGGUUGCGGCUAGAGUGCUAGUUGCCUCGUGCUCCGGGGGGUCGGCGCGCGCCGCACGGGGGGGAUUCUCGCCAUGUCGACGGAUGAAGUGAACGGUCUGUGCGAGCAGCUGGUGAGGGCGGUGACGGUCAUGAUGGACCCGAGCUCCACCCAGCGUUACCGCCUCGAGGCCCUCAAGUUUUGUGAAGAGUUUAAAGAAAAGUGCCCCAUCUGUGUCCCAUGUGGCCUGAAGUUGGCUGAGAAAACACAAACUCCUAUAGUUAGACACUUUGGCCUUCAGAUCCUGGAACAUGUUGUCAAGUUUCGGUGGAACAACAUGUCUCGCCUGGAGAAGGUGUUUCUAAAGAACAAUGUCAUGGGGCUGAUAUCAAGCGGGACUCAAAAUAUUUUGGAGGAAGAAAGCCACAUUAAAGAUGUUUUGUCUAGAAUUGUGGUGGAAAUGAUCAAGCGGGAAUGGCCACAGCACUGGCCUGACAUGCUGAAAGAAUUGGACACCCUCUCCAAACAAGGGGAAACACAAACAGAACUAGUGAUGUUCAUCCUUCUGCGAUUGGCAGAGGAUGUGGUGACUUUUCAAACACUGCCCCCUCAGAGAAGAAGGGACAUCCAGCAAACACUAACCCAGAACAUGGAAAAGAUCUUUAGCUUUCUGCUUAAUACCCUUCAACAGAACGUGAAUAAAUAUCGGCGAAUGAAAACAGAUACUUCCCAGGAGCCAAAGGCCCAGGCUAACUGCAGGGUAGGGAUAGCAGCACUCAACACCCUGGCAGGCUACAUUGACUGGGUAGCCAUGAACCACAUUACAGCUGAAAACUGCAAACUCCUGGAGAUGCUGUGCUUGCUUCUGAAUGAACCCGAACUUCAAGUAGGAGCGGCUGAAUGUCUCCUAAUUGCAGUCAGCAGGAAGGGUAGGUUGGAAGACCGGAAACCCUUAAUGGUCUUGUUUGGAGAUGUUGCCAUGCAUUACAUACUCUCCGCUGCUCAGACUGCUGAUGGUGGAGGCCUGGUAGAAAAACACUAUGUUUUCUUGAAGAGACUCUGUCAGGUCUUGUGCGCUUUAGGCAGCCAACUGUGUGCUUUACUGGGCACCGAUUGUGAUGUUGAAACACCAGCCAACCUUGGAAAAUACUUGGAGUCUUUUCUGGCUUUUACAACUCAUCCAAGCCAGUUUCUGCGAUCAUCAACUCAGAUCACUUGGGGAGCCCUUUUCCGGCAUGAAAUCUUAUCCCGGGACCCUCUGCUUUUAGGAAUGAUCCCCAAAUAUCUCCGUGCCUCUAUGACUAACUUGGUGAAGAUUGGCUUUCCCUCUAAAACAGAUAGCGCUAGCUGUGAAUAUUCUCAAUUUGACUUUGACAGUGACGAGGACUUCAAUGCCUUCUUCAACUCAUUCCGAGCUCAGCAGGGUGAGGUGAUAAGGAUGGCCUGUCGCCUGGAUCCCAAAACUGGUUUUCAAAUGGCUGGAGAGUGGUUGAAGUACCAGCUGUCAACACCUGUGGAUACUGGGCCAAUGAACUCUAGAACUGGAGAAGGCCUAUGUUCAAUCUUCUCUCCCUCUUUUGUGCAAUGGGAUGCCAUGACCUUCUUUUCAGAAAGUGUGAUUAACCAGAUGUUUCGAACAUUAGAUAAAGAAGAAAUUCCAGUGAAUGAUGGCAUAGAGCUGUUGCAGAUUGUACUGAACUUUAAUACCAAGGAUCCCCUCAUCUUGUCCUGUGUCCUCACCAAUGUUUCAGCACUCUUUCCAUUUGUCAGUUACAGACCAGAGUACCUUCCCCAGGUCCUUUCUAAGCUAUUUUCAUCUGUCACUUUUGAAAUCAUCGAGGAAAGUAAGGCUCCCAGGACUCGUGCUGUGAGGAACGUGAGAAGACAUGCAUGUUCUUCUAUCAUCAAAAUGUGUCGUGACUAUCCUCAACUUGUGCUGCCCAACUUCGACAUGCUUUAUAACCACGUAAAGCAACUGCUCUCCAAUGAGCUACUCCUGACACAAAUGGAAAAGUGUGCCCUUAUGGAAGCCCUGGUCCUAAUCAGCAAUCAAUUCAAGGACUACAAACGGCAGAAAAUUUUCCUGGAGGAGUUGAUGUCACCAGUUGCCAACCUCUGGCUUUCUGAAGAGAUGCAAAGAGUGUUAUCAGAUGCUGAUGCUUUUAUUGCCUAUGUGGGUGCUGAUAACAAAAUCUGUGAACCAGGCUUGGAAGAUGCCAAUGGUCUAAAUCGUUCACGAAUAAGUUUUUGUGUGUACACCAUUCUGGGCGUUGUAAAACGAGCUCGCUGGCCCACAGACCUGGAAGAGGCUAAAGCUGGAGGAUUUGUGCUUGGCUAUACUCCAAGUGGCAAUCCAAUCUUUCGAAAUCCUUGCACCGAGCAGGUCCUGAAACUUCUCGACAAUUUGCUUGCUCUCAUAAGAACCCACAAUACUUUGUAUACACCAGAGGUACUGGCUAAACUGGGAGAUAAUUUCUCAAAGGCUUUGGAUAUGCUCGAAGUAGAAAAGAAUGCUAUCUUGGGACUUCCUCAGCCUCUUCUAGAACUCUAUGACUCUCCUGUCUACAAAACAGUCUUGGAACGAAUGCAGGGUUUCUUUUGUACUCUUUAUGAGAACUGCUUGCAUAUCCUAGGGAAAGCAGGCUCUUCUAUGCAGCAAGACUUCUACACUGUUGAAGACCUAGCCACCCAGCUUCUUAACUCUGCCUUUGUCAACUUGAAUAGCAUUCCUGACUACCGACUCCGACCCAUGCUUCGGGUUUUUGUGAAACCUCUGGUGCUAUUCUGCCCUCCAGAGCAUUAUGAAGCCCUUGUAUCUCCCAUCCUUGGACCCCUCUUCACCUAUCUGCAUAUGAGGCUUUCCCAGAAAUGGCAAGUCAUCAACCAGAGGAGUUUACUGUGCGGCGAAGAAGAGACUGCAGAUGAAAAUCCAGAGUCUCAAGAGAUGUUGGAAGAACAGCUAGUGAGGCUGCUUACUCGUGAAGUUAUGGACCUGAUCACCGUUUGCUGUGUUUCAAAGAAAGGUGCUGAACACAAUACUACUACCAAUACCACCACCACCACCAAUACCAACGCCCCAGCUGAUGGAGAGGAUGAAGAGAUGGUUUGCACAGAGGUGGCCCCCUCAGCCAUGGCUGAGCUCACAGAUCUAGGCAAAUGUCUAAUGAAGCAUGAGGACGUGUGUACAGCACUGCUCAUCACAGCCUUCACUUCCCUAGCCUGGAAGGACACCUUGUCUUGCCAGAGGACCACCACCCAGCUCUGCUGGCCUCUGCUUAAACAAGUACUCUCGGGAACACUCCUCUCUGAUGCAGUAACAUGGUUUUUCACCAGUGUGCUAAAAGGUUUGCAGAUGCAUGGACAACAUGAUGGCUGUAUGGCUGCACUCGUCCACCUGGCCUUCCAGAUAUAUGAGGCACUGCGCCCCAGAUACCUGGAGGUGAGAGCUGUGAUGGAACAGAUCCCAGAAAUACAGAAAGAAUCUCUGGACCAGUUUGACUGCAAGCUGCUGAACCCAACAUUGCAGAAAAUUACUGACAAGCGCAGAAAGGAUCACUUCAAACGCCUCAUUGCUGGCUGUAUUGGGAAACCUCUGGGAGAACAGUUCCGCAAGGAGGUUCACAUUAAGAAUCUUCCAUCACUCUUCAAAAAACCAAAGCCGUUGCUGGAUUGUGAUGUGCUGGAAAGUGAGGAUGGAUGUUUGAGCACUAUCUUUGAACCCUGAUACGGCUUUUUGAGCAAUUUUCCCAGGCCUCAUUGUCAUCUCUUCUCCUUCCCCCUCAUAGCUAACCUGUAGCUCUUAUCUCCACUGCCUCCUCUUCCAGUGCUGACCUGGAGAAAGAACCAGGCUUGGAGAUGGAGAGCCAAUGAUUGGCUCCAAGAAGAGGCCAGAAACAAUUACAUUGGUGUCAUUUUCAAGGGAGUUAGGACUUUGGUUAUUGUCUAGUUCUCCCAAAAUGUCUCCUAACCCACUCAGAGCUCCAUAUCUGAGCAUUUUCAAGAGAAGCCAUGAGCAGAACUAUAGUUCCUUGUUGUCGUUUUUCCCCAUCUCCCUUUCUAAGUACCCUCUUUGCAGCAUAUGUAGAACAUGGGGUUGGGGUGUGUUUUAUCUAAACUCAGCAAGUCCUAGCCCUGCCACCAGUUUGUGGCCGCACUGCAGGCCACUGGUGGGUAUGCCUUUUCUUGGCAACUCCAGCCCACAUACUGGGGAAUGGGAGGCAGACCUAUUUAUUGCUGGAUUGGGAGGGUAGCAAGUGAAGUGCAUUCAUGGCAUCUUGAACUGUAGGAGGGGUACAGACUGUUUAGAAUUGGCUACGGCCAAACCCAGGUCCUCACCUCAGGGCCCCUUGGCUCCCCUAUGUCAAGGGAAGCCUUCCAAUCACUAAUGAGGAUGACAUCUGCUGCUCAUCACUAAUGACUAGUGGGUAUCAUUCCCUCAUUAGCAAGGGAUCCUCAGGAGAAAUAGCCACAAUCCCUAACCGUUUCACUUGAUGCUCACGUGCUCCAUGGGCAUCCAAGGUUAUUGACAGAACAAGGCAGCAUCUAUUCCUAUGAGCUGGCCGAGCCCAUUGGCCUUUUCUCCCAUGCCUUGGCCCUUGUGGCUUGGUUCCCACGUAGCCUAGCUCAGGUGCCUUUAAUAAGUUCAUGGCUUCUGAAGUUUCAACUGCCUACAGGAUAUUUUCCUCAUAAGUACCACCAUUCAAUCAGGGCUCGUGAGAGCUGCCAAAGUUUUGGAAAUUCAUCCUAGGGUUAUAACAAAGGGUAAACAUCCAGGCCUCCUCUAAAAUCUAAACCUAAAAUGAGCUGGACAUAUCUGGCAAGAGGAUUCUGUAGUUAUGGACCCAUAGGAUAGAGAAGGAGGGAAAACUGGGAGAAGGGGUUUCAAAUCCAGUGUAUCUAUCUGUAUUGCACAGACUUCCUGUCCUCCACACACACUCGUGUUCUGUUGUAGUAUUUAAGUUUUUCUGUUGAUCACAAAGUCAGUUUUGGAACAUGCCUUCUAUACUAGCUUUGACUACUGCCUCAGUGGGACACUUUAUACUUGUGUGUGGUUGGGGCCAUGAAGGGAACAGUUGUAUUUAUUGUGUUGUGAUAUUUUUUAACAUCUUGUGAUUUCAUGCUAGUUUUUCAUUGUUUUUAGAGCCUUUUUGUAGAAACAUUAACUGAGGCACAUGUCUGCAUGUCAGUAAAAAAUCUUGAGUUUGAUACACGA